AUGGAUAUUUCUAAGCCAGUUGGUUCUGAAAUCACAUCUAUUGAUUUCAGUAUCUUGACAGCUCAAGAAAUUCGUAAUUUGUCUGCCAAACAAAUUACUAAUCCUACCGUAUUGGAUAACUUAGGUCAUCCGAUUUCUGGUGGUUUAUAUGAUUUAGCCUUAGGUGCUUUCUUGAGAAACUUAUGUUCAACAUGUGGUUUAGACGAAAAAUUUUGUCCUGGUCAUCAAGGUCAUAUUGAAUUGCCAGUCCCAUGUUACAACCCAUUGUUCUUCAAUCAAUUGUACAUCUAUUUGAGAAGCUCAUGUCUUUUCUGCCAUCACUUUAGAUUAAGAUCUAUUGAAGUUCAUCGUUAUACAUGUAAAUUGAAGUUACUACAAUACGGGUUAAUCGAUGAAUCAUACCAAUUGGAUUCCAUUAGCGUUGGUGAUAUGUCAUCCAUUAUAGAUGAUGAUGAUGAUGAAGCUGCUGAAGAUAACGAUAUGGAUGAAAAGAAGUCUUCAAAAUCUAUUUCUGAUUCAAUGAUAAGAGAAAUUAAAAAUAAGCGUAAGGAAUUCGUUGACAUGGCCAUUGCUAAAGCUUUGUCCGAAGGCAAAACAACAAUUAAAGGUACCUUCACUGCUAUCGUCAAUGAUGAAAGAAAGAAGUUGGUCCAUGACUUUUACAAGAAGUUGUUAUCUAGACCAAAGUGUGACAACUGUGGUAUGUACUCUCCAAAAUUCAGAAAGGAUGGUUUUACCAAGAUCUUUGAAACUGCUUUAAAUGAUAAGCAAUUGACCAACAAUAGAGUUAAGGGUUUCAUUCGUCAUGAUAUGCUUAAAAAACAAGAACAAGCUAAGAAAUUAACUGGUUCUGAUGAAACCACUGAAGAAGAACAAUUCGAUGUUGGAAGAAACCCAUCAGCUAGACCAAAAACAGGCUCUACCUAUAUUUUGUCAACUGAGGUCAGAAACAUUUUGAGAGCUGUAUUUAAAACAGAACAAGAAGUUUUACAAUGUGUAUUCCAUGCUAGACCAAACUUAUCAAGAAAGUUGGUAAAAGCCGAUACUUUUUUUAUGGAAGUUGUCUUAGUUCCACCAACAAGAUUCCGUUUGCCAUCUAAAUUAGGUGACGAAGUUCAUGAAAAUACUCAAAAUCAAUUGUUGUCUAAAAUUUUAACUACCUCCUUAUUAAUUAGAGACUUGAAUGAUGAAAUGUCAAAAUUACAAAAAGAUAAGGUUUCAUUACAAGAUAGAAGAGUCAUUUUUAGUAGAUUAAUGAAUGCUUUCGUCACCAUCCAAAACGACGUAAAUGCAUUUAUUGAUUCUACAAAGGCUCAAGGUAACACCGGUGGUAAGGUUCCAAUUCCAGGUGUAAAGCAAGCCUUAGAAAAGAAAGAAGGUUUGUUCAGAAAACAUAUGAUGGGUAAGCGUGUUAACUAUGCAGCUCGUUCGGUUAUUUCUCCUGAUCCAAAUAUUGAAACUAACGAAAUUGGUGUCCCUCCAGUUUUUGCAACUAAAUUGACCUAUCCAGAACCUGUUACCUCUUAUAACAUUGCUGAAUUGCGUCAAGCUGUUAUCAAUGGUCCUGAUAAAUGGCCAGGUGCUUCUCAAAUCCAAAAUGAAGAUGGUUCUUUGGUUUCUUUAAUUGGUAUGACUUUGGAACAACGUAAAGCUUUGGCAAACCAAUUGAUGACACCAUCAUCAAACAUUGCUACACACACUCUAAACAAAAAGGUUUACCGUCAUAUCAAAAACAGAGAUAUUGUCAUUAUGAAUCGUCAACCUACUUUACAUAAGGCUUCUAUGAUGGGUCAUAAAGUUAGAGUUUUGCCAGGUGAAAAAACUUUACGUUUACAUUAUGCUAACACUGGUGCUUAUAACGCGGAUUUCGAUGGUGAUGAAAUGAAUAUGCAUUUCCCUCAAAAUGAAAACGCAAGAGCAGAAGCAUUCAAUUUAGCAAACACCGAUUCUCAAUACUUGACACCAACAUCAGGUUCUCCAGUCAGAGGUUUGAUUCAAGAUCAUAUUUCAGCUGGUGUUUGGUUAACCAGUAAAGAUAGCUUCUUCACUAGAGAACAAUAUCAACAGUAUAUUUACGGUUGUAUUCGUCCAGAACAUGGUCAUACCACAAGAUCUAAGAUUGUUACUGUUCCACCAGCAGUAUUUAAACCAGUGCCUUUAUGGACUGGUAAACAAAUCAUUACUACUGUUUUAUUGAACGUAACUCCAUCAGAUAUGCCUGGUAUCAAUUUGAAUUCUUCUAACAAGAUUAAGAAUGAAUAUUGGGGUAAUGGUUCCACUGAAAAUGAUGUCAUUUUCAAAAAUGGUGAACUAUUAUGUGGUAUCCUAGAUAAGAGUCAAUAUGGUGCUUCUAAGUACGGUAUUGUUCACUCUUUACAUGAAGUUUAUGGUCCAGAUGUUGCUGCUAAGGUUUUGUCUGUCUUGGGUAGAUUAUUUACUAACUAUAUCACUGCUACAGCAUUCACUUGUGGUAUGGAUGAUCUACGUUUGACUGAUGAAGGUAAUAAGUGGAGAAAGGAUAUUUUGAAGACCUCUGUUGAUACAGGUCGUCAAGCUGCAUGUGAAGUUACCAAUUUGGAAAAGGAAACAGCUUCUGAUGAUUCAGAGUUAUUGAAACGUUUAGAAGAAAUUUUACGUGAUGACAACAAAUCUGGUAUUCUUGAUGCUGUUACUUCUUCAAAGGUUAAUAGUAUUACUUCUAAGGUCGUUUCAAAGUGUGUUCCAGAUGGUACCAUGAAGAAAUUUCCUUACAACUCAAUGCAAGCAAUGGCCUUAUCUGGUGCUAAAGGUUCUAAUGUCAAUGUCUCCCAAAUUAUGUGUUUGUUAGGUCAACAAGCAUUGGAAGGUAGAAGAGUACCAACAAUGGUCAGUGGUAAGACAUUACCAUCUUUCAAACCUUUUGAAACAGAUGCUAUGGCUGGUGGUUACAUUAAAGGUCGUUUCUAUUCCGGUAUUAAGCCACAAGAGUACUAUUUCCAUUGUAUGGCUGGUCGUGAAGGUUUGAUUGACACUGCCGUUAAAACUUCCAGAUCUGGUUACUUGCAACGUUGUUUGACUAAACAAUUAGAAGGUGUUCAUAUAUCUUAUGACAACAGUGUCAGAGACGGUGAUGGUACAUUGAUUCAAUUUUUGUAUGGUGGUGAUUCUGUUGAUGUUACAAAGGAAUCUCAUUUAACUCAAUUUGAAUUCUGUCUGGAAAACUAUGACUCUUUGUUGAAGAAAUAUAAUCCAUCUGCAUUGAUUGAACACUUAGAUGUCGAAACUGCACUAAAAUACUCCAAAAAGGCAUCUAAAAGUAGAAAGAAGAAUAGAAAGGUUCCUCAUUAUGAACAAAAUAUUAAAUAUGACCCUGCUUUAGCUAAGUUCAACCCAGCUAAAUACUUAGGUGCUGUUUCUGAAAAAUUCCAAGAUAAAUUGGAAUUGUUUUUGGAUUCCAAUGCUUCCUUAUUUGAGUCUGACAAAUCUGUAAAUGAAAAGAAAUUCAGAGCAUUAAUGCAAUUAAAAUACAUGCGUUCCUUAAUUAACCCAGGUGAAUCUGUAGGUAUUAUUGCUUCUCAAUCCGUUGGUGAACCUUCUACACAAAUGACUUUAAACACUUUCCAUUUUGCUGGUCACGGUGCCGCUAAUGUGACCUUAGGUAUUCCUCGUAUGAGAGAAAUUAUUAUGACAGCUUCAGCUGCUAUUAAAACUCCUCAAAUGACUCUGCCAAUUUUGGAUGAUGUUUCAGAUGAUCAAGCUGACGUUUUCUCUAAAUCUAUUUCAAAGGUUUUAUUAUCUGAGGUUAUUGACAAGGUUAUUGUAACUGAAACAAUCGGUUCUUCAGCAAGUGAUUCUAACUCACGUUCUUAUGUUGUAAACAUGAACUUUUUUGACAAAAAUGAAUACGAUGAGGAGUAUGAUGUUUCAAAGGAAGAAUUGCAAAAGGUCAUUUCUGAUAAAUUCUUACGUGCAUUGGAAGUUGCAAUUGUCAAGGAAAUUAAGAAGCAAAAGAAGACUACUUCUGCAGACAUUGGUAUUGCAAUUCCAAAAUCUCAAUUAGCAUUGGCAUCAGUAGAAGGUUCAACAAGAUCAUCUGAAGAUAAUGAUGAAGAACAAUCUCGUAAAAGAACAAAGCAAGCUGUUUCAUAUGAUGAUCCAGAUGAAGAUGAGAUUGAAACAAUGAGAGAAGCUGAGAAAUCAUCUGAUGAAGGUGAAUUAGACUCUGAUAAAGAAUCUGAAUCUGAUGAUGAUGAAUCUGAGUCAGAUGAAGAAAUGACAGAUGUUAACGAAAAUGUUUCAAGCAACAAAAACUUGAACAAAUCACAACGUGAUCGUCAAUCAGCUAUUAUUUCAAACCAUAAAUUUAUAUCCAAGUAUAACUUUGACGACGAAGCCGGUAAGUGGUGUGAGUUUAAGUUAGACUUAGCCGCUGAUACAGAGAAAUUGUUGAUGGUUAACAUUGUUGAGGACAUUUGUAGAAAGACUGUUAUCAGACAAGUUCCAUUUAUUGAUCGUUGUGUUCACCCAGAACCAGAAAAUGGUAAACGUGUUUUGGUCACUGAAGGUGUUAAUUUCCAAGCUAUGUGGGAUCAAGAAGCUUUCAUUGGCGUUGAUGGUAUUACCUCUAACGAUGUUUCUGCUGUUUUAAAGACAUACGGUGUUGAAGCUGCCAGAAACACCAUUGUCAAUGAAAUAAAUAAUGUUUUCUCUCGUUAUGCUAUUUCUGUUUCUUUCCGUCAUUUGGAUUUGAUUGCUGAUAUGAUGACUAGACAAGGUACUUAUUUGGCUUUCAACAGACAAGGUAUGGAAACAUCCACCUCUUCAUUAAUGAAGAUGUCAUAUGAAACUACCUGUCAAUUUUUAACUAAGGCUGUUUUGGAUAACGAAAAUGAAGAAUUGAAGAGUCCAUCUGCUAGAAUUGUUCUAGGUAAAUUGAAUAAUGUUGGUACAGGUGCAUUUGAUGUUCUCUCUAAAGUACCAAAUGCAAACUGA